AUGAUGACCAGCAGUCCGAGUUCCAUUGAAGUGCCCCACUCGUGGGCGGAGAAGUACAAACCAAAAACCAUUGCACAGAUGUGUUACCCCGUUACCGCAAAUAAGUUGAAGCAAUGGAUGGAAGAAUUUGAAGCCAAUAGUUCCAAAAUGAGGGGAGCACUACUCUCGGGACCACCUGGUGUUGGUAAGACGACAUCUGUUUAUGUUGUGGCUUCCGAGCUCGGGCGUGUUGUUGUUGAAUACAACGCCAGCGACUUCCGCAGCAGAAAAUCACUGCGGGAGAACGUUAGCACCGUAGUUAAUAACCGCACUUUCAGCAACACUUCCUCGUCCUACGCUAAUAUUGUGCUGCUGAUGGACGAAGUGGAUGGGUGCGACAUUGGCGGCGUCGGAGAAGUUAUUCAAAUGAUCAAGAAUACCAACGUGCCAAUCAUCUGCACGUGCAACGACCGGUGGCAUCCAAAAUUGCGCUCACUGCUGAACCACGUGGAAGACAUCCGCGCUGGUCGACCCCCGUGUAACAUAGUUGCCAACUACCUUUGUGAUAAGGUACUGGCUCGCGAAGGCAUCUCUCUUUCUAAACAGCUUCUGCAGGACAUCAUACAACGAUCGGGAAGCGACAUCCGCAGCAUGCUCAACAAUCUGCAAAUGUGGUGCAUCAACCAAACAUCACUUCAGCAGAAGAAACUUGCGGAGUGCGCACUGCAGUCAGCAAAAGAUGGUGAUGUUGGCCUAUUUGAAGCCGCCGAGGUAUUUCUUCUGCAGGGGUCGUCGCGUGGUAGGCCCCGUUCCAUUGAAGAGCUCCAGUCCACGUUCUACAACUCGGACCUUGUGGACAUGUUCGUGCAGGAAAACUACCUUCACUUCAAACCUGAGGACCGUGAUUGGAUGGAUGCAGUUGCCGAGGCAGCGUCUUCAAUUUCACUCUCGGAUCUAGCGCAACGUAUUAUGUUCUUUGAGAACAACUGGUCCGUAUCCCGGUCCCACGUACUUCUCUCCAGUAUUAUACCGUGUGCCCUAACUCGUGGUCAUUACGAAACUUUUGUAACAGGGCAGCAGGCCAUAUUUGAUCGACAACGUCCUGUGAAGUUUCCUUCAUGGCUUGGUCAAAAUUCAGCUGCUGGUAAAAACAAAAGGCUGCUUCGGUGCUUGACAUUUCAGGCGAUGGGUCACUCGAAGGGUAUUAGCGGUACACAAGAGGAUGUUCUGCUUGAUUACAUACCACGUGCCUGGGAGAGCAGACUUACCGACCCAUUAGCACAACGGGGGAAGGAUGCCAUUCCGGAAGUAAUUGCUUUCAUGGAUCAGUACCACAUCAUGCGUGAUGACUGGGAAUUUAUCCAGUCUGUUGCACACUUUAAGAAAAUGCAGUCGGCGUCUCCAAACCCUGCUGCAGGAGAUAUUCCAGGAGGUAUAAAAGCAGCCUUCACGCGAGAGUUCAACAAGACACAUCGUUUGGAAAGCUUUGCGAAGGGGGCGCUGCAACGGGUUGCCACCGAUGGAAUAGGGUUUGGAGAGGGGGAAGAAGACAACGAGGAAGAAGGAAGUGUUGCGGGAGCCUCACGCCCCACUGCGAAGAAAGCUUCCGCGAAAACUGCCGCGAAGCCGAAGAAGGCGGCGAAAAAGGAAGGUAACGAGAAUGCAAAACCGAAGAAAGCGGCGGCCAAGACGGCGAAACCUGCGGGUAGGCGGGGGAGGAAAGCCACUCUUGUCGACUCUGAUUCGGAACCGGAGUUUGAGAGCUACAGUUCCGAUGACUAUUAG